AUGGCGGACGCAAAACUUUGUGCAGAGGUUUUCGAGAUUUUUGACUCCGGAGAGCAGAAAGGACGCGGAUUAAGAGCCUCAAAAUCGUUAACACCCGGAGAUAAAGUACUGGAAUCUACUCCUUUAGUCUACGUUUUAUGUAACAGUGUGCGAGGUCUGUGCUGCGACUUUUGUUUUGCUAAAAGCGAAGACCUUCAGCGUUGUUCUAAGUGUAAAUUUGCACGUUAUUGUAACCGUGAAUGCCAGAAGAGCGCUUGGAAGGAUCAUAAAACCGAAUGCGAACUCACUUUGAAUAUUUCACCGAAUAUCCCAACCGAUCUUGUACGACUCAUGGCGAGAAUCACACAACAGGAACAAUCUGCUAAACCUUCUGUUUCUUCUGUCGGAUCUGUUUACUCGAGUCUCGUCUUUCAUUCUGACAAGUUUGAUGAUCAAAGAAAAGAGGCCUUUUCAGCUAUAUUGGUAGCUCUUAAACUCUUUUUAGGCGAGGGCGAUUUUCAUAAAUACUCAGAUGACCACCUAUUUGCCCUUUUUGGUAAAAUAUCCUGCAACAGUUUUACUAUUUGUGAUGCUGAACUGCAGCCCUUGGGUGUUGGUAUUUAUGAAAUUCCUUCCCUUCUCAACCACUCAUGUGCUCCAAACUGUGUUGCUGUUUUCAAUGGCACAAAACUCCUUAUACAUGCAACAGAAAAUAUCAAGCAAGGUGAUGAACUUACAAUAAGCUACACAGAACUGCUUUGCCCAAGCUACCAGAGGAAGGAAGACUUAAAAAGUCGUUAUUCAUUUGAUUGUCAUUGUGUGAAGUGUAACUCUCCACUAGAGGAAGAUGGACUUAUGUUGAGCCUGCAGUGUUCUAACUCUCAUUGCAAUGGAGCAUUACCAAGGGAUUUAGCAGGAGGAGGCUUUGCUGCUUGCAACACUUGUGGUAAACAAGCAUCCAAUAAAGCAAUGGUAACCAAAGCAGAAGGAAAUAUCUCAAAAUCUGAAGAAGCUUUAAAGGAAAUAAAAGCAUUGGAGAAAACUGAUGACUAUAACAGUAUUCUUGACCUUGCUGAGAAUGUCCUAGAUGAACAGAGAUGUUUCUUUCAUAAAUUAAAUUACAGCAGAAUUGGCAUUCUUGAUAAAGCUAUGGAUGCCUGCAUUAAUCUGGAGUUUUGGGACAGAGCCCUAGCUUUUGGACUUCAAACAAUGGAUGCAUACAAGCUGUAUUAUCCUAGGAAUCAUCCAAGUGUUGGCAUUCAGUUGUUCAGAAUUGGCAAACUUCAAGUCUACUUGGACAAACUUAAAGAUGGUUUUCAGUCACUGCUGCAGGCAGAAGCCAUUCUGAAAGUAACUCAUGGAAAUCACCCGCUUGUACAAGAACUGAGGGAAAUGAUAGGACAGACAUUGGAGGAACUCAGAGAGGAACAGAACAGAAAAGUCCAAGGGAUGGAAUUAAUUUGAACUGAGAAGGGAGCACCAGAGUUUAGCAGCACAAGGAAAAAAGAACGCGUUAUGUUUUCUUCAUUUUUCAAAAUUUUAUUAAUGGGGCAAAAGCUGUGAACUCGGUUGUUCCAAGCAAAACAGUUGUCUCUCCCGAUCGGUCAUCCCACGGGGUCACUCACAAAAACUCAAAAGUUUCCUUUCAAUUUGUUAACGCAGAUUUACUUGACGGAAUAGCGUGAAAACAUUAGAGAGAUAGAGGAAAUUUGAUUUCAAAUGUUCUGAUCUUUGAGGGUCAAAAGCCCCAGGUGUAAAGAAUAAAAGAUAAAGAACAUCGUUUCAA